UUGAAACAACAUGCGUGGCAUGAUCACGCGGUUCUGUCUCUCUAUAAAUGUUCUUCUUCCUCCUCAUCGUCUCCUCCUCCUCAUUUUAAUACACCUCGAAAGCAGAGACAAAGAAGCGAGAACGAGAGAGAGAUUCAGAGAAAGGAGAGGGAGAAAGGAGGGAGAAAGGAGCUGAGUGGUCUCAUUACCAGUACUAGCUCCCUACGAACUGAAACGGCGCCGUUCCCUCAAAUAUCCUCUGCAAUCUCUCCUCCCACGAGUUCCUCAUCUUUUCUCGGGUUGUAAUUCAUCUAAUUACGAGAGGUGAUUUUGUGUUACGGUGGGAUUGAGUUUUUCUCUUCACGAAGAUCGUGCCCGAGAGCAUUUAACUUCAGAAAAUGGUGAUGUGGGUCUUUGGCUAUGGCUCUCUAGUGUGGAACCCAGGAUUUCACUACGAUGAGAAAGUGUUGGGUUUCAUCAAGGGAUAUAAACGUGUCUUUGACCUUGCUUGCAUUGAUCAUAGAGGUACACCAGAACACCCUGCAAGAACUUGCACACUCGAGAAAGCUGAAGAAGCCAUAUGCUGGGGUACUGCAUUCUGUGUCCGUGGGGGACCAGAAGAAGAACGUCUGGCUAUGGAGGUAUGUACUUGCAUCUAAAACUAGAUUGCUUCAUGUAUCGUGCUCAUGCCUUUGUUUUAUACAUUUUAUCCAUGCACAGUACUUGGAACGUAGAGAGUGUGAAUAUGACCACAAGACAUGUGUAGACUUUUACAAGGAAGAUGAUCCCCUUAAGCCAGCUGUAACUGGAGUGAUAGUAUUCACUUCUACUCCAGACAAGGUCUCCAACAAGUAUUACCUUGGACCUGCGCCAUUAGAAGACAUGGCAAGACAAAUCGCGACAGCCAAUGGACCAUGUGGUAACAACAGAGAUUAUCUCUUCCUGCUCGAGAAGGCAAUGCACGACAUAGGGCAUGAGGAGGAGUAUGUUAUAGAGCUGGCGAACGAGGUGAGGAAAGUUCUCGCUGAGUCCUCGCCGAAGAAGUUGACACCGGUGAAAGAAUCAAGAGGGAGCCGUAUGGCUAACAAGUCCAAGGGCAAUGUACCUACGGCUCAUCAGAUGCUUCCUCGUCAUCCAGAAGCUGUUGCCACUACGAUAUAACUCUUGCAGUUGUCUUUUUAUUGGCUUUAGAGAGAGGCUAUAUGAUUUUGGGAAAGCAGAUCGUUUUGCAUUUUUUUAAACUAAGUUUGUUUGUUUUCUGAGUACAAGUGUAAUGGUUUUGUGUUUGCAACUCUGUUGUCUUCUGUGUUUCCUAAUGAGUGCUAGUUAUGUUAUGCU